AUGUCCCCGACCUGCCAACGGCCGCGAACCCGCCCAAACCCCAAACAAAGAGUCCCGGGGCUCCCGAUGGCUUCCUCGGCCGCGGCCCCCUCUGCACCGUACAAGCUGUACAUGCGGCGCUAUCGCGGCGCCAUCUUCAACCCCGAUGACAUGCAGGGCCGCAUCUUCUUCGUCUUCUGCCGGGGCAGCAAAGCGCGGCUGGCCGAGAUGCAGCGCUGGAACUUUUGCGGCAUCGCGUACGCCGCGUGGGACGCCCGCGCCCCCAACCCGCUCCUGCGGGAGAAGAGCGACCCCGCGACGGGACAGGGCGGCGAAAUGGCGCUCGAAGGCUUCGUCGACGCCGCGCAGGUCGAGAACCCAACGUCGGCGCUGCGCCGCAUCGUCGAGCUCUUGCCCGAGGACAUGGACAAGCACGACGACGAGUGGCGCAAGUGGCUCCGCGCCCGCGUCCAGGCCGCCCUGAAGGCGCGCGACGGGAGAUCAGAGGACGAGGUCGAGGAGGAACUGACGCGGAAAUAUCGCGACGAGUGGCAGUGCCAGUUCUUUGAGGUCUUGGCGCUGGACAAGAUUGAGAAACUGCGCAAAGAGAAGCUGCUGUGGUGGCCGGAACAGCAGCGUCUAUUCGCACUGGUCUAG